AAAUUUAAAAAUGAAAAACAUUAGCAAAUUACAAAUUGGCCAUAGUUUCUUUAGCUACCAAUCACCUAAUUGCUUCUAGGAUGAUCUAAUAUGAUCAUUAAAAAAACUAACAAGCAUUUUUAUAAAGCAUAUACUAUACUUGUAUAUCUUUUUCUUUAAUCUAAAUACUUCCCUUUAUAUAUAGUUAGACUCCCACAUUUCACAAAUAGCCAAGACAACAUAAUCUUACUUACUCCCAUAUAACCAAAGCUUGUUGCAACCCAUAACAGAUACUUUCAGAGACAGAUAUUGUUCAAAUAUGAAGAACUUUUAGAGACGGGAGUAGUCGUAUUAUAUAUUUUGCUAAAGAAUUUAUGUUAUCUUUGUUAGGUUUUUUUUUUUUUUUUUUGUAGGGUUGAAAUAGUUACAAAAUGGCGUACAAGCAGAUGAGACCAGCAGCAUCCUUCUUGUUGUUCCUUAACUUCUGCAUGUAUGUAGUUGUUUUGGGAAUAAGUGGUUGGUCUAUGAACCGCAUAAUAGAUCAUGGAGGUGUUCAAGGACAAAAUGGGGCAACAUUUUUUUUCAUAACAUACUCGCUAAUAGCGGGAGCAGUUGGGGCAGUCUCAUGCUUGUAUGGACUAAACCAUGUUACAUAUUGGGGUCAUGAUAGCUUGCCAGCCGCUGCCGCCGCCGCCUCCGUCGCUUGGAGCCUUACUGUGCUUGCGUUGGGCUUUGCUUCCAAACAUAUUAGGCUACACACCGAUAGUCAUCGCCUGAAAACAUUGGAGGCAUUCAUCAUCAUCCUUAGCGGGACAAUGCUAAUGUACAUUGGAGCCAUUCAUGGAGCAAUCAAAAGAGGAAACUAGAAGAUGUUCAAAUCAAUUUAGCAAGACAUAUCUAUAUUAAUAUUCGUUUGUUCAUAUAAUUUAAUUUGUUCAUAUAAUUUGUUUAUAUGGCACGGUGAUCGAUAGUUAUACGAAGUAUACAAUAUAUAUUAUUGUUUGUUAAGUAUUAUUAUCAUAAAUUAGUCGAGGAAUAAUAAAAAGUAUGUUAUACGAAGUA